AAGCUAUCCUAAUCCAAUCAGAAGGGGGUAUAAGUUGGGCGACUCUCAAUCUCCAUUUUUUCUUUCCUUUAGGUGCACUUAGAAGAUGAAUCUUUAGCAUAUAUUCGACAUAAGCGCCUGUCGAACAGAACCCUAUCACAUCAUGGCGUCAUGGUUUACACGAGCCACGUCUAACCAUACAGCUCAGCUAAUAGUCACAGCUGUUGCAUCUGGCUGUGUUGUUGGUUUUGCAAUCGUUGGAUUACAAGAGGCGAAGCGACGCUACAGAGUAGAAGAUAUAAAGGCCUCUAUACCAGAGCUUAGUAGCAAUCACAAAGCUACGCGCCUCACUGAAUAUGGAGCUGCAGCCGAUGUGUUUGCACCAAGCAAAGAAGAUGAACGAGGCAUGGCUAUGGCAGUCAGGGCGAGGCAGGGUGACUGGGAUGACGAUCUCAUAUUGGAGCAGCUUGCACGUAACCGUGUCUUUCUGAAAGAUGAAGGACUAGCAAAGCUACGCUCGUGCUUCAUCGUUAUCGUUGGACUAGGUGGAGUAGGAUCACAUUGUGCAGCCUCACUCGCACGGUCCGGCGUCUCGAAGAUGCGCUUGAUAGAUUUUGAUCAAGUAACACUAUCAUCCCUAAAUCGCCAUGCUGUCGCCACUCUCGCCGAUGUGGGCACUCCGAAAGUUCAUUGUAUUCGUCGUCGACUGGAACAGAUCACACCUUGGGUGCACUUCGAUUGUCGAAAUGAGUUGUUCGGCGAGGAUAGUGCCGGACGGCAACUGGGUGAUCUGAACGGACAGAAGCCGGAUUUCGUGGUUGAUGCUAUUGACAACAUCGGUAGCAAAGUCGCGCUCUUAAACUACUGUUUCGAAAACAAUAUCAAGGUCAUUAGCUCGAUGGGUGCCGGCUGUAAGUCCGACCCAACGCGUAUCUUGAUUGGGGACAUCUCGGCCAGCACAGACGAUCCACUGUCGAAAUCAACUAGGAGACGCCUAAGAGCCAAAGGUGUCAAGGACGGUAUCAAUGUUGUAUUCUCCACCGAAAAGUCAGGCCCAGGGAAAGCACAGCUGAUGCCUCUGGCCGAAGACGAGUUCUCAAAAGGAAGUGUUAGCGAGCUGGGUGUGCUUCCGGAUUUCCGCGUGCGAAUCUUACCUGUCCUGGGAACAAUGCCAGCUAUCUUUGGCCUCUGUGUCGCAAACCACGUCAUGCUUGAAAUUACCGGUUAUCCGCACGAGUAUAUGCCGUCAAAGAAUCGCGAAGGCAUGUAUGAUGGCAUCAUGGGAGCUCUACAAGGGCUAGAAUCUCGCGUUGCGAAAGCACAAGAUAUCGAACCGACAAACCUUCGAAUACCGAUGACACCGGACGAUGUUGGCUAUCUAGUAGAAGAAGUCUACAAUGGCCGAAGUGUAGUGUCAGGUCUGUCUACGAGACUGGCUCUUUCAAGAUGGAACGCACCACCCAAAGGUUUUGUUGAUACAUCAAUCGCGGGACAAAAGGUUUCCCCACUGAAACUUCGCGAUCUUGUAUGUAUGACCAAAGAGGAAGUUGUGAAGCAUGAAAAGGAAGUUCUGAAGGGUGACAAGUCACCAGAGGACCUUUGGGGCCCAGAAGUGGCAGCUAAGGUCGAAAAGCGGUUGCAAGAAGAAGCGUUAUUCGAGCGGUUUCGCUAGGUGCACUUAUGAAGAACGAUCGAACUUACAUUAGUGGUACGUAUAUGUCUAUAUAUGUAUGAAGAAUGUAUCAUAUAUCUACACAGACCAAGCGAAACCAACUUUCUUGAACAUGGUUAUAUAAUCAGAAUACAGGUUCACUAUACGGCGAUAGGGGAUCGCGAUCAUGUGGUAUUACUGACACCCCCAUUUCCAGUGCUC